GGGAGGGCGAGGCGGAGGCGGCAAAACGGGCGGUCGAGCAGAACGUGUAACCGCGUCCCCUCGAGUCCGCUGCGGGCAGUUGACCUACCUGGUGCACCAGUAUCACACAGUAUUGCUCGAGGAAAAAUAUUUCAAUAAAGUUGCUGAUGCAAGGAAUCCCCUGGGCCCCCGUCCACUCCACUGCUGACCAGCCCAUCCUCCUGCGCUGUGCUUUCCUGCAGGCACCCCUCCCACUGCCUCUGUGGGACCCGGUGACGUGGGGGUCCAUCUGGCCGGAGAAGAAAACCCUCUCAUGCUAGCGUUGCAGACCCCAGAGGGUCCGGUGUGGGUGCUGAGAUGGCCAAUGAGAAUCACGGCAGCCCCCGGGAGGAAGCAUCCUUGUUGAGUCACUCCCCUAGCACCUCCAGUCAGAGCCAGCCCUGUUCUCCAAAGCCCAUCCGCCUGGUGCAGGACCUCCCAGAGGAGCUGGUGCACGCAGGCUGGGAGAAGUGCUGGAGCCGAAGGGAGAACCGUCCCUACUACUUCAACCGAUUCACCAACCAGUCCCUGUGGGAGAUGCCCGUGCUCGGCCAGCACGACGUGAUUUCGGACCCUUUAGGGCUGAAUGCGACCCCCCUGCCCCAAGACUCAAGCUUGGUGGAAACCCCCCUGGCUGAGAACAAGCCCCGAAAGCGGCAGCUCUCGGAAGAGCAGCCCAGUGGCAAUGGCGUGAAGAAGCCCAAGAUUGAAAUCCCCAUGACGCCCACGGGCCCGUCAGUCCCCAGCUCCCCCAGCAUACCAGGCACCCCAACACUGAAGAUCUGGGGCACGUCCCCUGAAGAUAAACAGCAGGCAGCUCUCCUCCGACCCACAGAGGUGUACUGGGACCUGGACAUUCAGACCAACGCGGUCAUCAAGCACCGGGGGCCUUCGGAGGUGCUGCCUCCACACCCCGAGGUGGAGCUGCUCCGCUCCCAGCUCAUCCUGAAGCUCCGGCAGCACUACCGGGAGCUGUGCCAGCAGCGAGAGGGCAUUGAGCCCCCCCGGGAAUCCUUCAACCGCUGGAUGCUGGAGCGCAAGGUCGUGGACAAAGGCUCUGACCCCCUGUUGCCAAGCAACUGUGAACCGGUGGUGUCACCUUCCAUGUUUCGCGAAAUCAUGAACGACAUCCCCAUCAGGUUGUCCCGAAUCAAGUUCCGGGAGGAGGCCAAGCGUCUGCUCUUCAAGUACGCAGAGGCGGCCAGGCGGCUCAUCGAGUCCAGGAGUGCGUCUCCUGACAGCAGGAAGGUGGUCAAGUGGAAUGUGGAGGAUACCUUCAGCUGGCUGCGGAAGGACCACUCUGCCUCCAAGGAGGACUACAUGGACCGCCUGGAACACCUACGGAGGCAGUGUGGCCCCCACGUCUCGGCCGCAGCCAAGGACUCCGUGGAAGGCAUCUGCAGCAAGGUCUACCACAUCUCCCUGGAGUACGCCAGACGGAUCCGAGAGAAGCACCUUGCCAUCCUCAAGGAAAACAACAUCCCAGAGGAGGUGGAGGCGCCCGAGGUGGAGCCCCGCCUGGUGUACUGCUACCCAGUGCGGCUGGCCGUGCCCGCGCCCCCUGUGCCCAGCGUGGAGAUGCACGUGGAGAACAGCGUGGUCUGCGUCCGCUACAAGGGCGAGAUGGUCAAGGUCAGCCGCAACUACUUCAGCAAGCUGUGGCUCCUUUACCGCUACAGCUGCAUCGACGACUCCGCCUUCGAGAGAUUCCUGCCCCGGGUCUGGUGUCUGCUCCGCCGGUACCAGGUACUGGCCGGGGCGGCUGGGGGCGGGCUGACCCGGAGGGCGGGGAGGCCGCCCGAGGCUGAGCCAGCCGCUCCGCAGAUGAUGUUCGGCGUGGGUCUCUACGAGGGCACAGGCCUGCAGGGCUCGCUGCCGGUGCACGUCUUCGAGGCACUGCACCGACUCUUCGGAGUCAGCUUCGAGUGCUUUGCCUCGCCCCUCAACUGCUACUUCCGUCAGUACUGCUCCGCCUUUCCCGACACAGACGGCUACUUCGGCUCCCGCGGGCCCUGCUUAGACUUCUCCCCGCUGAGCGGUUCCUUUGAAGCCAACCCUCCCUUCUGUGAGGAGCUCAUGGACGCCAUGGUCUCUCACUUCGAGAAACUGCUUGAGAGCUCGCCAGAGCCCCUGUCCUUCAUCGUGUUCAUCCCUGAGUGGCGGGAGCCCCCAACCCCAGCGCUCACCCGCAUGGAGCAGAGCCGCUUCAAGCGCCACCAGCUGGUUCUGCCUGCCUUCGAGCACGAGUACCGCAGCGGCUCCCAGCACGUCUGCAAGAAGGAGGAAAUGCACUACAAGGCUGUCCACAACACGGCCGUGCUCUUCCUGCAGAACGAGCCCGGCUUCGCCAAGUGGGGGCCCACGCCCGAGCGGCUGCAGGAGCUGAGCGCCGCCUGCCGGCAGUCAGGCCGCAGCCAUAGCUCCAGCGGCUCCGCAUCCUCAGAGGCCAAGGAUCGGGACUCAGGCCGGGAGCAGGGCCCCAGCCGAGAGCCGCACUCCACUUAACAGCCUGCGGGGAGGAGGAGCUCCUGGGUGCUGCUGUGGACUGCUGGGGCUCUGGGGGCAGAGUGGAUCCCAGGACCCGCUCCUGGGGUGGCCACCGAUGACAUAGGAAGACGUGGCUCUGCCAGGGUGCCCCCUCCCUGCCCACGUCCCCCCAACUCCCCGACUCACGCUCACUCCAGGCCCCCUGUAAAUAGGCCCCAUCCUGCCCGCCCUCCCUUCCCUCACCCCAUCCUGUUGCCACCUUGUUUCAUUUGUAAAAGGAAAUACAGAAACCCCCCCAAGAACGUGUGAGGGUCUUGAGGGCAGAGCAGGCUAAGAAGUCGGAGCCGCUUGCAGGACCGCAGCCCUCUGCACACCCAGGCGCACCUUCUCAUGGCCUCUGGGCCUUCGCACCCGGCCCCGGGCUCCAGGGUCUAACUUCUCAUCCUGCUGUUCUCUGCUUGUGCCCAGGAAGUCUGAAGGGUCCAGAGGCAGCGUCAACCAUCUGCAAGCCCCGAGCUCCCACAGCCAGUAGCAGCUUCACCGACACCUCUGGGGAGCGGAGGGCGGGUAGAAACCUAGAUGCCUGGAGCCACCAGUGAGUGGGCAGCCGGCUGUGUUCUACAGUCAAGGGCCAGGAGGAAGUGCAGAUCCGAGGCAAGGAGCCAGUGCUCCCCUGGGGCUGGGGAGGAAGCAGCAUCUGAAGGUGCUGUCCACUUUCCCCAGCCUAGUCGUCUUUCCGGAUACCAGGCCGCUGCCCCACGAGUCUGCCCUCCUGGGCCACUGUACUUACAGAGGCGGGGCAGGGUGCACCUCUGGCCGGGCAGCUCCCACCUCAGUCCCACCCUAGUGGACUCUAAUAGGCUCCUCUUCCUGCUUCCUAAGGCCUUGCCUGGUUCCAGCUGUAGCAGCACAUGGACAAAGGGAGCGGGCCAAGGCUGGACUCUGGUCCCUUUAUUGAGCCUGAGAGACCAGUGGAUACAUACCAACAAAAAUAAAUUUCUCUCCCGAAGCCUGC